AUGGCAACUGGACUCGUCGCAGCCGUUACACAAUUGACAGCAAAGACAUUGGCGAGGUGCGAUGGUAUCAACGCCCAGACGGCACCUUCUUUGCCAAGCGUCUCCCAUCUGGCUAGAUCGAGAGGCAGACAAUUUCUUAUCGCCAAGUAUUUCACGAUAUCCAAGACCGGUUACACGCAGUGGUGGCUUUUUCAAUUCGGGUUCUCCUCAAUGCUAUCAUUGUAUUUCCACUUUCUUAUGUUUGGCGUUUCGCUCAAGGUUCUGGCGAAAGGUUAUGCGGGUGGGAAGAUGUGGCCUUUUAUGGUCUUAUCAUGGUGGAGAUGGUGCUGA